UCCUUGGCCGGUGCAGCGAGAACACCACGCCUCGCCCGCGCCCCGCCUCACUCGCUUCGCCGACCCUCACCACGGCGCUCGACACCCAGCCCUUUCAGUAGAAAAAACCUCUUCGGGCGUCGAUAUAUAUCUAUUUUUAAAAAUCUAUAGAAUCCUUCGCUUCAGUUAUUCUCUCUCUCCCCGAGAAAGAAAGAAAAAAAAAAAAACAGAAAAUUUUUGUUGAAACAGAUGAAUUAAAGAAGUGGAGGAGGAGUUUUUAAAGAGAAAAAAUAAGGUUUUUGGGUUUUGAGUGUGAAGUGUUAUCAUUUUUUUUGGUCCUUCCGUCUCGUUGUGAUCCUGCUUGCUUCCGGUGCGGUUCCUUCGCUCGACUCUUGCCGGCUGCAGGAGGUUGCAGGAUUGGCCGAUCGGAGUUUUGCCGUUUAUUGAAGGAAAGAAAAAGGAAAAAAUGCUCUGGAAAUAAUUCUGAGGACAUUCUAAGUGAAUUUUCAUUGUGCCUUAAUUUCGUGAGAGGACUUUGGUAUUCGUGAGAGAAAAGAAAAAAAAUAAUAAAAGAAAAAACAGAAUUUUAUAACUAACGUGAGAAAAAAAGAUAUAAUUACAAUUAUUAAACCAAUGGUUAUAGUGAUUCUUAUGAAUAAACUUACGUGGAAUAGAAAAAGGGAAAGGAAAUAGAAAGGAAUAGAAAAUUAACACUGAACAAGAGUAAUAAAUAAAGUGAACAGACAUAACAGAAAAGGAAUUUCCUAAAUACUGUGUGCUUUCUGCCUGACCUCUCGUAGUGCUCUAGUGACCUGUGUCGACCUUUCCUGACCUGCGUGGGGGGAAGUGCCGUGCUUGCUUGGGUUAUCUGUGGGCGAUAUGGUUAGAUAACGAUUAUUGAUAGUGUGAUAGUGACUGAGAUGGUGAUGAUGGUGCCUACCUGCCCGGGGCUACCUCGGGGGCUACCUCGGAGGCUAUCGUGGCUCCCGAGGGCUAUCGUCCUCGCCGCUUUUGUACAGGUGGCGGCUGCGUCGGGCCGCUUCGAGCUGGAGGUGGUGGAGGUGCAGAACUCGCAGUCGCAGCUGUGGUCGGGCGAGUGCUGCGGCGGCGCGGGCCGCUCCGCCGCGUCGGCGUGCCCCGCGCAGUGCCGCACCGCCGUGGCACUCUGCCUGAAGGAGUACCAGAGCACGCAGGACGGCGGCAAGGCCCUGCCGCGCCAGGUCCUGGAGACGGGCGGCGCCGCGUCCAAGGGCGCGGGCGCGGGCGCGGGCGGCUGGGGGGGCUGCACCUACGGCAACGACACCUCGCCCGUCAUCGGCGGCUCCUCCUUCACGCUGGCCCAGUCCCCGCCCGCCGCCCACAUCCACCUGCCCUUCACCUUCGCCUGGACGAGAUCCUUCACGCUGAUUCUCGAGGUGCUGGACAUGCGCGCUGGAAUGUCGCAGGAGGCCCGGCAGGUGAUCGACAUGGCCACCUACAGCGGCAUCCUGGUCCCGAGCACCGACUGGCACACGCUGACCCACAGCAGCAACGUGACCCGCGUGACCUACCGCGUGCGCGUCCUCUGCGACCAGAACUACUACAACACGACCUGCACCAAGUUCUGCCGCCCCAGGAACGACAAGUUCGGCCACCACACCUGCGACUCGGCCGGGGACAAGGUGUGCCGCCCCGGGUGGACGGGCGCCAACUGCGAGACAGAUGCCGACCGGGCUGGACUGGCGAGCUGUGCAACGAGUGCGCGCCGUACCCGGGCUGCAAGCACGGCGACUGCGACGGCUCGCCCUGGACCUGCGUCUGCCACCUCAACUGGGGCGGGAUCCUGUGCGACCAAGAUCUGAACUACUGCGGCCGGUACCCGUGCCACAACGGCGGCACGUGCGAGAACACGGCGCCCGACCAGUACCGCUGCACGUGCCCCGAGGGGUUCUCAGGACCCAACUGCGAGGUGGUGGAGGACCCUGCGCCCCGGGGCCCUGUCUCAAACGGCGGCACGUGCAGGGAGGUCAACGGGGGCUUCCAGUGCACGUGCGCCCCCGGCUGGACCGGCGACACGUGCCAGAGCAAUGUGAACGAAUGUGAGACGGAGCCCUGUGAACACGGCGGAACUUGCAUCGAUGAAGUGAACGGCUUCUCCUGCAACUGCACGCCGGGGUGGGAGGGAAACACGUGCCAGUUCGACUCGGACGAGUGCCAGGGGCGGCCGUGCAUCAACGCCAAGGCCUGCCGCAACCUGGAGGGCGACUACGAGUGCGACUGCCGCAGGGGCUGGAAGGGCAAGAACUGCGACGUCAACAUCAACGACUGCAGCGGCCAGUGUCUCAACGGCGGCACCUGCAUCGACCUCGUGGACGACUACCACUGUGCCUGCUCCAAGGGCUUCACGGGCCAGAACUGCGAGGCGGACGUGGACGAGUGUGCCAGCAACCCGUGCCACAACGGGGGCGAGUGCGCGGACAAGGUGGCACACUACCAGUGCAUCUGCCCCGUGGGUUACUCGGGGCUCCAGUGCGAGAUCGACAUCGACCUCUGCAACCCGAACCCGUGCGACAACGAGGCUCCGUGCAUCAACACCCAGAACGACUACUACUGCAACUGCCCCGAGCAAUGGGGCGGCAAGAACUGCUCGCAGCCCCGCCCGGCCUGUACGCAGCCGCCGUGCCAAGUGGUGGACAGCUGCCUCGUGCCUGACACCCGCGACCCCGGCCCCGUCAGGCUCGUGCCCUCCAACAUCUGCGGCAGGCACGGCCGCUGCGUCAGCCACGCCGACGGGAACUUCUCCUGCGUGUGCGUCCCGGGAUUUACCGGGCAGUAUUGCCACAUCAACGUGAACGACUGCGAGUCCUCUCCCUGCGCGAACGGCGGAACGUGCGUGGACCUCGUCAGCGGGUUCCAGUGCGUGUGCGACCAGGGCUGGGAGGGGCCGACCUGCGACCGUGACACGGACGAGUGCGCCGACCAGCCGUGCCGGAACAACGGCACGUGCGUCGACGGCAAGGUGGACUUCGCGUGCACGUGCCCCGAGGGGUGGAAGGGGCGCACGUGCGCGUCCACCACGUCCCACUGCGACGCCUCCACGUGCCAGAACGGCGGGGUGUGGCGCCGACCUGGGCAGGGGCGGCCUUCGUGUGCCGCUGCCCCGAGGGCUGGAAGGGCACCACGUGUCAGAUCGCCGAGCGCCGCGCUGCGACUCGUCCCGUGCAAGAACGGCGCCACGUGCGUCAACACGGGCGACGGCUUCACGUGCCUGUGCCAGGACGGCUGGGACGGCGCCACGUGCCAGAACAACAUCAACGAGUGCGCCACGUACCCCUGCUACAACGGCGGCCGCUGCCUGGACGGCAUCAACACGCGCGUGUGCAAGUGCGCGCCGGGCUUCGCCGGCCCCGACUGCCGCAUCAACAUCGACGAGUGCGCGUCGUCGCCCUGCGCCUUCGGCAGCACCUGCAGGGACGGCCCCGGUUACUUCCGCUGCGUGUGCCCGCCGGGCCGCACGGGCCACCGCUGCGACCGCGUCGAGCUCCCCAACGACACGGGCGUCGACACCCCCAAGCCGUGCUUCUGGGACGGCGAGCUGCGGCAGCACGGCGCCGUCUGGACGCACCAGUGCAACUCGUGCCAUUGCAGCCACGGCACCGCCUCCUGCUCCGCCGUCUGGUGCGGCCCCGAGAACUGCCUGCGCUCGCGCGACCCCGCGCACUACCCGUGCAAGCCCGUGCAGGUGUGCGUGCCGGGGCCGCCCGAGUGGUGCCUGGCGGGCGCGUGCGAGCCGUGGGGCGAGUGCCGCGACCUGAGCCACGACGAGCAGAAGGUGGCGCCGCCCUCCAACCCCGGCCCCGAGGACUGCCAGCCCAACCGCGCCACGCUCAACAACGCGUGCGCGCGCCUCACGCUCGUGCUGGACCGCGCGCGCCUGCACGUGGGCGCUCGCGUGCAGACCAUGUGCCGCGGGCUGCGCGCCGCCUGGGCGGGGCGCCACGGCCACACCGCCACGCCCUCGCCCGUCAUCCUGUGCGGCCUCGUCGCCGGCACCAACGACACGGUCGAGGUCACGCUGUCGUAUCCUACAGGAGGGCCUCACGGCGACGUCACGGUCGCCGCGAAGACCCUCGGCGAGCUGGUCAGCAAGAGGCUCACCACCGUCAGCGCCCUCACCGCCGUGGUCGAGGUCAAGGUGGAGACGACGGUCGUCAGCGGCGAGAACCCAGGCAUCGCCAACGGGGUCCUGGCGGCCGUGACGGUGGUGCUCGUGGUCCUGGUGAUCCUGGCGGUGGCGGCGCUGGGCUACUGGCAGUGCCGGCGGCGCCACCUGCAGGCGCACCACCGCAACGCCUUCCCCGUCACUCGUCGGCCAAAGCUGGCCGAGGACGCCCACGCCGAGAAGUCCAACAACGAGAACGAGGAGAAGCUGUGGCGCUACCACAACCCCCUCAAGACCUCGUCCUUCUGCGGCGGCCCCGGCGACGAGGCGGGGCCCUCCUGCUCGCGCGUCACGCCGCAGGGCCCCGGCGACCCGCGGGUGGCGCCCCUGGGCUCGCCCGUGGGCCUGAUCCAGGUGCCCAAGGCCAGCCUGGCCACGCCCGAGACGGACCUCAGCGACUGCGAGUCCCCGACGCACGGGCUGCCGGCGGCCAUGCGCAAGGUGCAGAACGCCGACGUGGAGCGCAACAUCACCCCGCACGACCCGGCCUGCAAGAGCAUACAGAAGGAGAUCAACCUGAAGGCCAUCUCGCCCCGGGCGGCGGAGGCGGACCACAUGACGAGCGAGGUGGUCGUAUAGCAGAAGGACUUCGGUCCUCCCUCCUGCAGGACCCCAAGCGUGAUGUGGGAGGGCGUGCUCGUGUGCGUGCCCGCGGCCCGCCCCUCGCGCCUGCCAUGUUCCCAAGUGCCUAAGCCACGAGUGUGUUCACGCGGGGAUUUCCCCUUCUG